GAAAACAACAACAAGGUGAUCGAUUUAUAGAUUAAGUGUCUUUGUGCUUUUGAUGAAUUAUGUAGAAUAUUUUUAGUAAACAAUGUGACGAAGGAGAAAUGUUUUAAAUGGAUGGUCUCGUAUUUUGGACACUUUUCUCGGAAGGUGCAAGGCUGAAUAAUUGAUUACGAGGAACGGAUAAAUCCAAGGUUUAUUAUGCACGUUUAUUUGAUUUUCGAUCAUUCUUGAGAUUGUUUUUGUCUUGGAGGAGGAACGUAAAUGGAAUUCAAUUUCUGACUUCUUUUGGUGGUUGAGCGUUGGAUAACGUUGUAUUAUGGAUUCUAGGUGGCAAAGGAGAAAGAGAAAUUUCUAAUAAUUGGCGAUGCGUCGAGCGGAGCGCUCUUGGAAGAGAAGCACAAUGUAAAGAAAAAAAAGAAACAAAGAGAUCCGUGCAGAGACUUGGAAUUUUCUUGGUCCGUUUUGUUGUUCUUCAGCAGCUGACAGAACAGCAUUUUCGUGAGUGCGAGCGCGUUUUCCUCUACUUCUUUCCAUCGGCUGGUGGAGUGUCUUGCUGCUGGUUGGAUGCCGCUGCAGUGGGUUAUUCCUUUGGCGGACGAAGACCAGUCAAGACGUCCACAUACAAAUACAUACAAGGUCGAGGGAGAACGCGCCGUUUAAAACGUACAGCGCCCAGGCUCAGUAAAGUCACUUCGCCGCUGACCGGAGCCAGCACAGAACCAUGGCGAGACUCCUCAACCUGGCCAUCUUCUUCGUGGCUAUUGGAAUUGUAGUAGCCGCAGGACCUAGGCCAACCUUGAACAGGAAGCAACAGGCGUCUGAAAACGGAAGGAGGAAGCAGCCACAGCUUCCGACUAACGUGGAUGAGGAUGACGUCGAAGAUGUAACAUCCGACAAAUGCCCAGAGCCAAACGGUUACUUCGGCGAUGCGGAACAAUGUGACAAGUACUACGACUGCAGGGAUGGCGUCCACACACCUAAACUGUGCCCGGACGGCAUGGUCUUCAACGACUUCAGCCCCGAGUACGAGAAGUGCGAUCUUCCAUUCAACAUCGACUGUUCCCACCGAUCGAAAUUGCAGACUCCGCAGCCAAGUCUGCAUUGCCCCAGGAAGCAUGGAUACUUCGGUCACGAGGAGGCUCACAUCUGCGACAGGUUCUACUAUUGCGUCGACGGACAAUUCAACAUGAUCACCUGCCCGAACGGUCUGAUCUACAACGAGAAAGUGGGUAUCUGCUCAUGGCCAGAUGAGGCCAAGAAGAAAGGCUGUUCCUCGGAAGAGGUGUUCCAAUUCGAGUGUCCGAAGGUGAACGAGACCUUUGGGGCCACACAUCCAAGGUACGCCGACCCUGAUGACUGCCAGUACUUCUACGUUUGCAUCAACGGCGACACUCCCAGAAGGAACGGCUGCAAGUUGGGGCAGGCCUUCGACGACGUCCACAAGCGUUGCGACUGGGCCAGGAAAAUCCCAGAAUGCGUCGACUGGUACAAAGGACAGCUCACCGACGAGCAGCUCGAAGCCUUAGAGAAUCCACCUACCCCAAGACCAAGGCCAUCCUCGGGGGUCUCCCGACCAUCCAGGAGGAAACCUCAAAAGAAACCGCAAGCGAGGACCUCCGACGAUGAAUGAGCCCACCAACUAACUUAUUGAUUUAUUUGU